AAGUUCGAGACGUCUCGACCAAAGUGGCCCGAGCUUCUUCUCGGAUCUCCCUCGCCUUCACCAGACCUCGUCAACCACUGCCACCGUCGCCAUCGUCGCACCUCUGUUCCAACAUCAUCAGGCGCGUAAACAAAAUGCGGCUACCUCAGGUACUGGCGGUGCUGCUGGCAGCAAUUGGCGUCGACGCUCUGCGAAAUGCCUCGCCCUUCCUACUCCUCUCCUCCGACAAGCUACCUUCCGACUACUCCCUCCAAUCGUCCCAGAUCGCGCUCACGAAAGAUGUCCAAGAUCGAUUAAUAGACUCCCUCUCUGCCUGCGACAAGAAAUGGUACUACAUCUUCUCGCAAGAACACGUUGGCGCCGAGGAUCUCAAGGACGGCGCCAUGCCAAAACUACAGCGGAGACUGGCCGAAGCUGGGAGUGAUAGAGUGGUGCAGAUUCCGGAGGUGGUGCAGAUGGGAGACCUCAGUGCGAAGACCGUGGCGGCGAGGUUAGCGGAGGCUUGUGCCCCGGAUGGGAAGACUGGGCCGGAAAGGGUGGGCGAAUACAACGUCAUCACCUUGAAUCUGCCAUCUCCCCCAAACGACGUGGAAGGCAGAGCACAGGUUGUUCGGGACGCCGACGACACCAUCGACGAUGUUGUUGCCACAGUGCUGGGCCAACAUCAGUCAUCUGUGCUGAUAUAUAUCACGACUCCGCCGCAGCCUAGCUUGUCGGAUGCCGAGGACGGGCAUCUUUACGAGAUGGACGAUCCUUAUCCGUCUGGCCUGCAUACCGACCUCAAGCGGGAUUUGACUAUGCAGCGACGACAGUCGGAGGGCAACCAGGACAUGCAGGCCGGACUCCCGCUCUUUGAGAAGUACCAGUUCCUAUCGCCCGCCCUCUUCAUGGGUCUUGGGGUCAGCCUGUUACUCUUGAUCAUCCUCUAUGUUGGCCUUAGCGCAGUGGCUGGGUUGGAGGUGUCGUAUAUGGCGUUCAACAAGGAGAUGGGUCCGCAGGCACAGAAAGGAAAGCAGCAAUGAAUUUGAAUACUCAUGAAUAGUGCAGAACUGGUCGUGACGGAGUAGAGUAGAAACUGGAGGCGCUUAUUACCGACUGCUACAGAAGGCUG